GCUUCUCAGAGCACUCCACGUUCCCUCAUAAAUGUAGCCGGGAGCGGCGGAAUUAAUCCGCCUAGAAAUGACGGGAUGGAGCCUAAACCCCCUGGGAUUCAGCCUAAAAAGCUCCCGAAUCCAAUCUGGUGCUUCCCAUGGAUUGGGGCGGUACUGGUGAUGGGCGGGACGGUGACGUCAGUCCCUCUGGCCCCGGCCCUUUCCGGCGCCUCCCGAUCCCGCACGGGCAUUUCCGCGAGCGCCGCCGCCGGGGCCGGUUCUGGGCCGGGACCGGCGCCUGUCCCGGGACUCCUUCGCCACCGGAGCGUCCCCAAGGUGUCCCCAGAGUGUCCCCGCCGGGUCACCAGUGAGCAUGGAGAACCAAAAGUCGCUGAAGGCGCUAGUGUCUGUGGUGGCCACCCUGGGCGAGGUGGUGGCCGCUGUGACCGGGUCACACAGGGACGUGCGGCGGCGCGUGUCCCCAAAGUUCCUGCAUGCCGCCCUGGGGAGAUUCACUCAGAGCCUCCGUGAGACCCUGGACCACGGCGAUGUCACCUCCAUGGGCCACUCCGGUGUCCCCUCCCUGGUCCAGGCCCUGGCUGCCUUUGAACCCACCCCAGAGGCCUGGGAUGAUGUGAGAGCCGUGGCCAAGGCCUGGCGGGAGUUGGUGGCCGCGCUGGAGGAGAGAUGGAAACGCCUGGCCUGGGAGGCUGCUGAGCUCUGUGUUGUCUGUGAGCAAAUGGAUCCCGCCCGAGCCAGGGACCCACAGGACAAGGCCACCCAGCGGGGGACAGCUUGGGACAACCUGGUGGCCUCCACGGUCCGGUGGUCGAUGGUGGCCCUGGAUAGGGAGGAGGAGGAGGAGGUGGCCUCAGUGGGGGCCAUGUGUCAUGCCCAGGAGGCAGUGGCUACCAGCAAGGAGGAAGCGGCCACCAAUGAGGCCAUGGACGAGGCUGUGGUGGCCACCAGCCGGGCAAGGGCGGCCACCAGGAGGGGACAUUGGGCAGAGGCAGCCCUGGAGCCGCUGAAGCGCUUGGUGGAAGUGUGUGACAAAGCCUUGGCGUUCACCAGGAACAUGGAGUUCUACCUCUCGGAGAUCAAGUUCAUCCUGAAGUGGGGAGAGUCGGCAUCCCGCAGUGUUCAUGCAGACUUGGUGGCCACAGUGGCCGAGUUUGAGUGGCUGUGGGAGGCCAGCGCCCGCCUGUUCAGGGAUCAUCUGCUGGGGAUACUUGAGCUCGUUGACAACCUCCUCUUGAGUCCCUAUGCUGGCCCAGGUGUCCCGGGUGGCCCAGGUGGCCCCGGCAGCCGCGCAGUGGCCGAGAGGUGCCAAGAAGCCAUUGAGGACAUCCCGAGGCUGCUGUGGGGACAGUGAUGUCACCACUGUGAUGUCAUUGGGGCAGUGAUGUCACUGGGGAGACUUGUGGAUACUCAGUUGCCACCAGCUCCUCGUGUCACCAAGAGCCUGUAGUAUAUGGUAGAGUUAAUUCAUGCUAUAGAUAUAGAUAUAUGUGUGUAUAAAAUAUUGCAAAGAUUCGAAACUUAUGUCUGGCUGGGAACAGAGUCCUGUUCUUAUUGUAAUCAGUUCCCGGACAGUGUUAAGAUGAUAUCAGGUCUGUUACCUGAAUGGUAAUGGUCCCCGGCUAUAAUGGGCUAUUAUGGGGGAUUUCCUCCAGUUCCUGCAUUCAGGUGAUCCCAUCUGGACCUUCCCAGAAUGGAAUGUCUGGAGGAGCGCAUGAGACAUGCACCUGGACAUGAUUUCAUCGCGGUACUCAGAAACCAGUACAUGUGAAUGCAGCUUCUGCCUGGACACUCAGACAUUCGUCUGCAUCUCUGAGUUCGCCUUUGUCUGUUUCUACAUCUGUAUGGAUUCAACUUUACAUGUGAAGAAACACAAAGAAAUAUGUGGUCAUCCCUGCCCCAGGCGGAAUAAACUGUAUAUAAGCCGGCCAUGGGGAGCACUCGGGGUGAACCACUGGGGAAACGCUGUCUCUCUGUCAGCCGGACCCCGAGGUCACCCAGCGCUGUUCCCGGGACUGACGCUGUCUUGGCUGAGGUGGGUUUUCUUUUUUUUCUGAAAUUUCUAUUUUUGUUAUUGUUCUAAUAAAUCUUUGCUAAUUUUUUUUCAUAAAUUUGGCUACCGAUUUGAUAAUUUAUAACAAGCCCCUCAAGUGCCACCAGCUCCUCGUGUCACCAAGAGCCCCUCAAGUGCCACCAGCUCCUCAUGUCACCAAGAGCCCCUCAAGUGCCACCAGCUCCUCAUGUCACCAGAAGGCCCUCAAGUGCCACCAGCUCCUCGUGUUACCAGGAGGCCCUCAAGUGCCACCAGCUCCUCGUGUUACCAGGAGGCCCUCAAGUGCCACCAGUUCCUUGUGUCCCCAAGAGCCCCUCAAGUGCCACCAGCUCCUCAUGUUACCAGGAGGCCCUCAAGUGCCACCAGCUCCUUGUGUCACCAGGACCUCAUGCAGGAGAAACUGGGGGGUCCCUUGGGGCUCGGUCCUGUCCCCCCCCAUUAUCAGCCGGGACCCCACCUUGUGAGAAACAGGUCAAAAUUGAAAUUUUUAUAAAAGUUUGUUAAGGGAUAAAAUUCUGGUGCUAAUUGCCGAAAGCUCACCGUUAAUUAAGCCAUGUUCUUUAUAGACUGUUACAUCGCAGAGGCUUAUGCAUAUUCAUGAGGGUUGAUGCAUAUUCAUAAUAUAUUAUUGAUCAAAAAUAUAUAUAUAAUAAAAUAGAAAUGUAAUAUAUAUUUUAUAAAAAUAUUUUCAAAAAAAUAUU